AUGAAAGAGAACCUGGUUGCGCGCUACAAUCUUGACAUGUCCGUUGGAGAGAAGCCGGUUAUGAAUGUUGACGACCUAUACAUUGUACUCCACCACCAUUGGACAAAGGACAAAACACCCUAUCCUGAUGGUAGACAGAUCAUACAACUCGCAUUUAUCCUUCUGGUGUCGGCAUAUACCGCUAGUCGACCAGGAGCUUUGGUCUAUCUCGAAAGGAAAGAGAAAACUAACAUCCAGCAUUUCUUCGGCAAUGCUGAUGAUGAUGACAGACCACCCGAAGAUGAAUGGGACCUAAGGCACGAGGAUCUAAAAACUCUUUGUUACGGGCAAAUCAACUUGAUUCUGCUACCUAACCCAACUGGAGAACGUGACCAUCUUGUGAUGGAAAUUGAUUUGAAACAUACCAAGGGCCAUCAUAGUAGGCCAAAAAGAAAAAUAUUUCUGAUGUCCGAAGUGAAGCAACCAAUCUUCGAUGUCAUAAGUCUCGUUCUUGCACUAGCAAUCCUUGAUGACGCCUUUGAAUCGGAUCACAUCAGGUCGGUUGAGGACAUCUUCAGAACUCGUGUAACCCUUCCACGUCGGUCGUUGAAUAUAAGAUUCAAACAAAAACUUCUCAACGUGCCCAUUUGCCGGCAGCCAGUUUCGACCUCCUCCGGGAUGACUAUCGAUGACAUCAAACCCUUGAGGUAUCACACAUAUUUAUAUUUCCUUCAGCGGCUAAGCCUGGCCGUGGGAAUGAUUCGAGCCAUGAAGCCGUACGACCUUCGGCGCGGUACUGGCGAGGCCGUCGACAAAACCGCAUCGCUCCCCCUGCUCCAACAUGUGAUGGGCCACGCCUACGCCAGCACAUUUCAGGCAUACAUGAAUCAGCGCGUUCAAAGCCAUGUUCAAGCUGCAUUCCUUGGUUUACCUUCUGAGGAUGCAUUAAUGAACAUCUUAAGCCACCAAAGCCGAUAUAUCGACCCUCGGGCUCCCUCCAGAUACGACGACCUGCCUGAAGCUGAAAGGAAAACGUUUUCAGAUGACUCUGGCAUAAAGCGCCUACAGCAAAUGCGUGAUUCACUUGCCAUGGAAGCUAAGGAGCUCUACGGAUCCAUAAAAAAUGCAGAAGGAACAAAGAUUGGCGAGCUGAAGAUGAAAGCGGACGCCACUCUGAGAGCAGCGAAGAAGAAACUUAAGGAAUCGAAUUUCACUGGUGCUCGCGAAAAGUUUUUUGCUACCAUUGAUACAUUGGAAAUCAAUAGGCAGCUUGACCCAUCGCUCCUGGAUAUUAAACAGGAUGCUUAUGAACCAGAAAGAAUUGUCCACCGCCUCAAAGAACGCCGCCGAGUGGCAGAAUUGAUGCAAAUUCCAUGUCAAGAAUUUUCUGGGCGCAAGGAUACGACUCAACGAAUUACAUUGGUUGGUGCCCUGGUUCGGCUCGGCCAAAUCGAAAGAGUUCCAUCGGAAAGACCAAUCCAAGAGGCCAAGCCACGCAACACGGCAGUUAGCCAGGUCACACCAGAAGAAUCAUUACGGCAGGACUUCUCCCCUUCGCCGGAGCCCCUGCUAUUUCGCCUCUUCGCGCAAAGCCAGGGAGCAUUUUGA